UCCAGAGCGCACGGACGGAACGGAGAGAGGAGGAGGAGGAGAAGAAGAAGAGAAGAGGAAGAAGAGGAGGAGGAGAUUGUUCAUGCUGAACUAGAAAAGCAUCUUUUCCACUUUUCUCUCUUGGACGGUUUCAUGUGUUGUGUGGAUGUCAGCGCAGAUCUGAAGGAUUUGUUUCCUAAAGCAGGAGAGCUGGAGUCCUGCUGAGCUUCAGAUAAAUCAGAGAGAGGAGAGGAGAGGAGGUUGUGGUGGGUCGGACGCGCGUGGAUCCAGAGGAUGAGGAUGUGGAUUUAAAGGCUUCAGACUUCAGGUGAAUGUCAUGAUGAGAGCAGAGACCUCUGAGUGACUCCGGGGUUUGGUGACGGAGAGGAGCCGAGCUGCUGCUGCUGCUGCUGCUGCAACCCGGAGAGACAGAGAGAGGUCCUCGUUAGAGCGAGCGAGCGAGCGAGAGUCUGUAAAAAUGGCGUUGCCGGCUGAACGCAUAUGAUCGGACAUGGAGCCCGUCAGCGCAGCCAACGCCACACAGGACGAGCUCCGCCUCCUGCCCCCGCCCGACGACGACCCCGGCAACUUUGGUUACCACGACUACGGACAAAACACCGUAGGGGGGUUGGCGCCGGCGUUGCCCACGCAGGGGUUUGAGGGAGUCAAUUUUCAAGAAGACCCCAUCAAACUGUUGAGUGUUCAGGUGGUGUUGAUCUUGGCCUACAGCACCAUCAUCGUGCUGGGGGUUCUGGGUAAUUCUCUGGUCAUCUACGUCAUCUACCGCUUCAAGACGCUCCGCACCGUCACCAACUUCUUCAUCGCUAACCUGGCUGUUGCCGACCUGCUGGUGAACACGCUGUGCCUCCCCUUCACCCUCGUCUACACGCUGCAGGGCGAGUGGAAGUUCGGCGGCACCCUCUGCUUCCUGCUGCCCUACGCCCAGGGGCUCGCCGUGCACGUCUCCACGGUGACGCUCAACGUCAUCGCCCUGGACCGCCACAGGUGUAUCGUGUACCACCUGGAGACCCGGAUGCGUAAGGACGUGUGUUUCGGGGUGAUAGCGCUGACGUGGGUGCUGAGCGCCGUGCUCGCCAGCCCUCUGGCCAUCUUCAGAGAGUACGGCUCCUUCACCCUGGAGCCUGGACACACCAUCCAGGUGUGUACGGAGAAGUGGCCCGGUAAAAACACCGACGGCACCGUCUACAGCAUCUCCAUGUUGAUCCUGCAGUACUUCCUGCCGCUGUCCAUCAUCUCCUUCGCCUACGCCCGCAUCUGGUCCAAACUGCGCGGCCACGUCAGCCCGGCGGAGAGCGGCGGCAGCAGCAGCGCCGGCUCCGAGCGCCACCGCCGGCGCCGCAAAACCACCAAGAUGCUGGUGACCAUGGUGGUGGUGUUCGCCGUCAGCUGGCUGCCCUUCCACGCCUUCCAGCUGGCCACGGACAUCGACAGCACGGUGCUGGACAUGCGCGACUUCCGCCUGCUCUACACCGUCUUCCACGUGGUUGCCAUGUGCUCCACCUUCGCCAACCCGCUGCUGUACGGCUGGAUGAACCGCAACUACCGCGCCGCCUUCCUCGCCGUCUUCAAGUGUCGCAGAGCAGGGGAGAGGGGGAGGAGCGGCCGGCUGGACAGCAUUCACCCCGUCGGAGGAGCAGGAGGAGGUGGAGGAGGGAGGGCGAAGAAGAUUGUGCUUGAAACCCAGGAUGUGGUGUCUACCCACCUGAACGCCACCGACGUGUGAGAGCCUGAGGGAGGAGGGAGGUGUGAGGAGGUCGAUGGAGGCGACGGAGGAAGAGGCCGGGGAGGAAAAGAAAAUCGUUGUCAGGAAAUGUUUUGUUUCCCGGAAGACAAUAGGAGAAAACGAAAUGGAGACGGAGGGGAGAUAAAGAUGUGAGAGGAAAUAGAAACAACAGAGUGAGAGCGAGGCGACGGGGGGAUUAAAGAGUUUUAUCGAAGCCCGAAAUAGAAGAGGAGGCAAAGACGAGCGGGACUUAAAAGAAUGACAGGAGAGGAGCUGCCGGGUGACUUGAGGUCUCCUCGACCGAUCGAAGUGCUGUCCCCUUUGAGGACGUGACCUCACUGUGGCGAAGGACCUUUUUUGGGGGGGGAUUUGUUCGAGUGAAAGUCAGCUUUGCAUGAAGGAUUUGCGACACUGACUGAGUGGAAAAGUUCUGAAAAGAAAGAUGACGUUCGGCUGAUUCUACUAUAACCUUGGACUUUUAAUGCAAAUCUUGUUAAAAUAGGGCUUUACUCCAUCGUCAUUCCACAUGUGAAGCAUUUAGCUGGUACAUUUAACCCAGAGUGGCUUACAAGGGGGUGGGGGGGGGGACGUAAGCAGGUUGUGGGGAUUGAAGCUGCGAAAUGUGGGCAGCAGCAGCAGCUUCCUUUACUGCGAGGGAUAUGAGCUGAUUGUCCACGCGCCUUCUGAAAAGCGUACGAAAUCGGAGGCCGCUGGUGGAACCGUGCAAAAAUGAAUUUGUCAGGUGAAAGAAAAGCCCAAAAAAAAAUUUUAAAUCUCAGAUUUUUUGAGUUCAGGAGGAGGACGAGGAUGCAUGAUGCAAGCUUUGUGAAACGUCAGACAUUGUUAUGUAAUGAAAAAAUGUGUGUUUUAUGUGGAUUCAUCCUGCAGAAGAGAUGUCAGAGUGGGAAACAGGAAAAAAGACAGAGGUGGACGUUACGACUUAGAGGGAUGUGGGAAAGCAGUCCAAGUACAAGCGACUCAGAUUCUUUUUCAGAGAGCAAGAAAAAAGUGAUGAGAGGAUCAGUGUGAGGAGCGACGAGAGUGAAAUGUGGGAUAAUGAGGAAAAAGAAACAAAAGACGGCAUGUAGCGACAAGAGAGAAGCUUCAAACGAACAGGCUGCAACUUAGUGUGAAACAGCAGCGACAAGAUCCUUCAUUACUGACUGGACGGUCUGUCGAGUUCAAACCAAACUCCAGCUGAGAUUUCACAUAUUUCACAAGGUAACACGCGGGUCGUUAUUUUAAGGUGGUCUAAGGUGAUUUGGUUAAAUAUGGGCGCCUGCAACGUUUAGCCAACCAUUUCAGUUACGCAUCUUCGUCACGGAGGUUCAUCAGCACGACAUAAUGGGAUAAGAUCAUUAACCUCUUCAGCUCUAGAGGUGCUGGAAGGUGUGGUUCACCUAAACCCGGGGUCAGCAACCUGCAGCUCUUCAGCUCCUCUCCAGAGGCUCCAUGUGGAUUUAUA